AUGGCUUUCGCUCGACCCGCAGCUCGAACCGCUGCAGCAGUGGGGCGCAAGGCGCCUGCAUCUCUAGGUUUACCCCUCAAUCGAUCCUUGCAUGUAUCCAGGCCCUUGCGGAUAGCGCCGAGCCCAAGGACUCUGGCUGUCGCCGCACCGGCUGUUGGGGACUAUGCUCCCAAAAAUGACCAUGUGCUUAGCUCUCCUUCUGAGCUUGCCCGCAAGAUUUCGGCUCGAGUACUCCCGCAACUACAUAGGCCAGAUGUUCGCAAAGUUGUUGUUGUAGGCUCCGGAGGUCUCAGCAUUGGCCAAGCCGGGGAAUUCGAUUACUCUGGAUCCCAGGCGAUGAAGGCCUUGCGUGAAGCUGGUGUCGAGGCGGUUCUUAUCAACCCCAACAUCGCGACUUGGCAGACAUCUCAUCAAUUGGCAAGCGAGGUUUACUUUUUGCCUAUCACUCCCGACUAUGUAGCAUAUGUUCUUGAAAAGGAGCGCCCUGAUGGCGUUUUGCUCACUUUUGGUGGUCAAAGCGCCCUUAACGUUGGUAUAGAGCUCGAUAGGAUGGGUGUACUCGAGCGCUUGGGGAUCAAAGUCCUUGGAACACCGAUUAGAACCCUAGAAGUCUCGGAAGAUCGGGAUUUAUUCGUUCAGGCUUUGAACGAAAUCGAUAUCCCUGUCGCGAGGUCAACUGCCGUCUCAUCGGUCAAUGGAGCAUUGGCCGCCGGGGAGGCGAUCGGAUACCCUGUCAUUCUUCGCUCUGCCUUUACUCUGGGAGGGCUUGGAUCAGGUUUCGCCAACAACCCUGAUGAGCUGCGUGACCUUGCAGCCAAAUCGCUAUCACUCAGCCCUCAAGUACUUAUCGAGAAGAGUAUGAAAGGUUGGAAAGAACUCGAGUAUGAAGUUGUUCGUGAUGCUGCGGAUAACACAAUCAUCUGCUGUAACAUGGAAAACUUCGACCCCUUGGGCACACAUACUGGAGACUCAAUCGUUGUGGCCCCAAGUCAGACUCUCAACGACGAUGAAUAUCAUAUGCUUCGCACUGCUGCGCUCAAAGUUAUCCGUCACUUGGGGGUCGUUGGCGAGUGCAAUAUUCAGUACGCCCUCAAUCCCAAUUCCCGGGAAUAUUGUGUCAUCGAGGUAAAUGCCCGCCUCAGCCGGUCUAGCGCUCUCGCCUCCAAAGCGACUGGUUAUCCCCUUGCUUACACUGCAGCCAAAAUUGCUCUAGGACAUACUCUACCCGAACUCCCAAAUGCAGUCACGAAAACUACAACCGCUUGCUUCGAACCCUCGCUCGAUUACAUCGUCACAAAGAUUCCCAAGUGGGAUCUCGCCAAGUUCUCCUCUCAGGUUAAUCGCGAGGUUGGAUCUUCGAUGAAGAGCGUUGGUGAGGUUAUGGCUAUUGGCAGGACCUGGGAGGAGUCCCUCCAGAAAGCUAUCCGACAAGUUGACCCUCGUUGGGUUGGAUUCGAAGCCUAUGCACAGCCGAAAGCUGGCCCGGAACUCGACCGGGCGUUGAGUGUUCCAACAGAUAUGCGCCUAUUCGUAAUUGCGCACGCGAUGUAUAAUUGUGGAUAUACGGUGGAUAAGAUCCAUGAUUUGACCAAGAUCGACAAGUGGUACCUCUACAAAAUCGACAAUAUCGUCCAAACUAACCGAACAAUUCAAGCGGCAGGUUCUCUCAAGGCAAUCGAUGAAGAUCUUAUGCGCCGUGCAAAGAAGAUGGGUUUCUCUGACCAACAAAUCGCAACGCUCACCAACAGCACCGAAGCUGAAGCCAGGGCUCACCGGAAGUCUCUGGGUGUCACACCGUUUGUCAAGCGUAUCGAUACAUUGGCCGCUGAGUAUCCAGCACACACCAACUAUCUAUACACGACCUACAACGCUUCAGAGCACGAUGUUGAAUUUGACGAACACGGCACCAUCGUACUCGGAUCCGGUGUCUACCGUAUUGGGAGCAGCGUUGAAUUUGAUUGGUGCGCAGUGACUUGUGCGAGGUCACUUAGGGAGGGAGGCCGUCGCACGAUCAUGAUCAACUACAACCCGGAAACGGUCUCGACAGAUUACGACGAAGCUGACCGCAUGUACUUUGAAGAGCUUGGCUUUGAGCGUGUUAUGGAUAUCUAUGAGCUUGAGAAGGCUCAGGGUAUUAUUGUCAGUGUCGGAGGCCAAUUGCCUCAAAACAUUGCCCUUAGGUUGAAGGAAACUGGAAUCAAGGUGUUGGGUACCGACCCGGCACAGAUUGACAUGGCCGAAGACCGACAUAAGUUCUCCGGUGUACUCGAUAAGGUUGGGAUUGACCAACCGGAGUGGGCUGAAGUAUCUAGUCUCGAAGCUGCCAAGGAGUUCGCCAAUCGCGUCAGUUACCCUGUCCUCAUUCGUCCCUCUUAUGUCUUAUCUGGCGCUGCUAUGAAUGUCGUAUACGAAGAGUCCACACUCGAGCACCAUCUCUCCGCCGCUGCCUCUGUGUCUCCUCUUCACCCAGUCGUAAUUACCAAAUUUAUUGAUGGGGCGCAAGAGAUCGAUGUAGAUGCUGUGGCCCACAAGGGUAAACUCCUCAUUCACGCCGUUUCCGAGCACGUGGAGAACGCAGGAGUUCACUCUGGCGAUGCUACUCUCGUGCUUCCUCCUUUCUCUAUCCCCGAAUCAGAUAUGGCCCGGCUCAAGGAGAUUGCCGAGAAGGUCGCACAAGCCUUUGAAAUAUCUGGUCCAUUCAACAUGCAAAUUAUUCGCCAGGAAAAGGGUCAAGGAGAGGAUUCAGCGCUCAAAGUCAUCGAAUGCAACUUGCGUGCCUCUAGGAGUUUCCCCUUCGUGAGCAAGGUCCUAGGAAAGAAUUUCAUUCAGAUCGCGACAGCGGCAAUUACCGGAGAGAACGUCCCAGAACCAGUUGAUAUCAUGAAAGAGAAGAGAGAUUACUACUCCGUCAAGGUCGCUCAGUUCUCAUGGACAAGGUUGGGUGGAGCUGAUCCGUUCCUUGGCGUCGAAAUGGCCAGUACCGGCGAAGUGGCCUCAUUUGGCAAGGAUGUCCACGAGGCAUACUGGGCAUCCUUACUCAGUACCACCGGAUUCAAGCCACCCAAACUUGGCUCGGGUGUACUCAUUGGUGGAGAUAUCUCGAAACCUGAGAUGGCUACUGUUGCAAAGCAACUCAUCGAUCUUGGCUUCAAGCUUUACUGCUCAUCUCACAAGGUCGAAGAUUUCUUAAAUUCGAUCGCUUACGUAUCCUGCAAGCGGAUUUUCUUCCCUACCAAGGACAAGCGUAAGCUUCGCGAGGUGUUUGACGAGCAUAACAUUCAAUGUGUUGUCAAUUUGGCCAAAUCCAGGGGCAAGGAUGCUGUAGAUGAAGAUUACGUUGCUCGCAGGAAUGCGGUGGACUUUGGUCUCCCUCUCCUCAAUAAUGCCCGUUGUGCGCAAUUGUUCGUCGAGGCCCUAGCGAAAAAGAUUCCUGAGGGAGCUCUUCGGCCAUAUUUUGAGGGCCACAUUCCUUCUGAGGUCAAGUCUUGGCGAGAAUUUGUCGGCCAUGCCGCCUAG